CGCCAAUUGUCCUUCUCUCUUCCACAUUAUCCAUUAAUCCCCAAUUCCUUCUAAAACCUCUCACACACCAACCCAACCUCCGAUUUCUCCCAGAAUUUCAGCCGCCGAUCAAAUGUGGAGCAAUGGUUAGUCUUCCUGUGAACCAAAGUCGUUCAAAGAUGCAUCAGUUUCAAGCCUUACCUGCUCAUAUUCAUGGAGAUAUGGUUGUACUGUUUCCUUCCAGAAAAUGCUGGCAGCAACAGAAACAACACCAUUUUCAGAGACCGGCAUUGUCUUCUUCUUCUUCUUCCUCGCCGGUCUCUGGCCGUCAGUCCAGAAGGUAUUAUUUGGGCAGAUUCAAAAGACGCUUCCGUUCUGAACCUAAUCUAAAACCACUCACUUCCCGCAUUGUUGAUCUCACUCGCAGAAGGCAACUCCAUCAGAUUUUUGUGGAAAUUGAGAUUGCGAAGAAGCGACAUGGACAGUUGAAUACCAUUGUUAUGAAUGCAGUGAUGCAGGCUUGUGUUCAUUGUGCUGAUAUAGAAUCUGCCUUGAGGGUCUUUGAUGAAAUGUCAGGCCCAGAGGGUUGUGGUGUUGAUAAUAUCACUUAUGCUACACUUCUAAAGGGUUUGGGUGAUGCCCGAAGAAUCGAUCAAGCAUUUCAAUUACUUGAGGCUGUUGAACAAGGUACUGCUGCAGGAAGUCCAAAACUUUUGCCGCCCCUUGUUAGAGGUCUACUGAAUUCUCUAAUUGAAGCAGGGGAUCUACGCCGUGCUAAUGGUCUUCUUGCACGAUAUGGUUUUGUAUUUCACGAGGGUGGAUAUCCAUCCGUCUUGGUCUACAACUUACUGAUGAAGGGGUACAUAAACACAGGUUGUCCUGAGGUAGCACUACGUUUGCAUGAUGAAAUACUAAGACAUGGACUGAACCUUGACAAGCUCACAUAUAAUACACUAAUCCUAGCAUGUGUGGAGUCUGGAAAGUUGGAUGUUGCAAUGCAGUUCUUUGAGGGCAUGAAGGACAGAGCACAAACUGUUGAUGAUGAUGACAUUUUACCGGAUGUAGUUACCUACACUACGUUGCUGAAGGGUUUUGGUCAUGCCCAGGAUCUUCUUUCAGUUCAAAAGAUUGUCAUAGAAAUGAAAUUAUCCAACAACGUGCAUAUUGAUCGAGUUGCUUACACUGCAAUCAUUGAUGCCUUCUUGAACUGUGGGACAAUAAAAGGCGCUCUGACUGUGUAUGGGGAACUACUAAAGAAAGCUGGAGAAGAUUCUAGCUUGAGGCCAAAGCCUCAUCUUUUUCUUGCUCUGAUGCGCGCUUUUGCUGUUAGAGGAGAGUAUGAAAUGGUUAAAAAACUGCAUGGACGCAUGUGGCUGGAUUCAUCCGGAACAAUCACCUCUAAAGUUAAUGAAGAGGCUGAUCAUCUCCUAAUGGAGGCAGCAUUGAGCAAUGGACAGUUGGAUUUGGCCCUACAAUACAUGAAAGGCAAUGUUGAGAAAUGGAAGCAAAUACCAUGGGCUAGUCGGGGUGGAAUGGUUGCUCUGCGAAUUGAAGCAUUACUUGGUUGCAGUGUUUCUAUAUUUAGUCCUUGCAUACUACCACAGGUGUCAGUACGUGAUACUAUUGAGCAUAUCAUGGUUCCAUUUACUGAAGCACAGCCUCUGCAAGCUACCCUGAAACUAAAGCAAGUCGUCAUGCGUUUCUUCAAGGAUUCGACUGUUCCAGUCAUAGAUGAUUGGGGAAGUUGUGUUGGAAUACUGCAUUGUGAAGACUGCAAUGAGCUGGAUGCGCCACUUUCAGCCAUGAUGAGAAGUCCACCUCCUUCUGUGACAACCUCAACAUCCAUUGGUCGUGUUAUUGAUCUAAUGCUAGAGAAGAAGUACAAAAUGGUUAUUGUCGCAAAAUACGAAAAUGUGCGCGGAAUGUUUUACAGCUCCAGUGUAAGGGCUGUCGGAGUUUUUACGUCUGAACAGCUAUAUAAGCUAGCUCCAACUUCGUCAGAGCUAUGCGUUCAAUAUUCUUCUGCCUGUAGAGAACCUAUUGAAAUUUGUAGAUAGUAUACCUUGAGAAAGAAAUUUGCAUGAACUUAUUCUUUUUCCACUGUAGAGUAGGCUAUCAUUUCUUUUGGGCUGCUGAGUUUUUCGUGUGUCACUUAUCGCAUGCUAGAUUGCAAUACUAUUGACUAUGAAUGGUUUGAGUAUCUGUUCAACUUU